UGACGUCACCGCGCGGGCGCGUCCGCCCGUGCGUGACGCUCCCGCCAGUGCCCAACAUGGCGGCGGGCGGCGGCGGCAGCGGCGCCGGCGGCGGCUGUGGGGGGACCCCGCUCUCGCCGGGCCCGUUCCUGCCGCCGCUGCUGCUGCUGCUGGCGCUGCCCGGCGGCGCCGUCCCCGCGGCCGACACCGUAGUGCUGGGGCUGCGCCUGGAGGAGAGCACCAAACCGGCGGCGGCGGCGGCGGUGGCACCGGCGGGGGCGGCCGAGCGCGGGCCGAUCCGCCUCACGGAAGGAAGCGAGGCCUUGCUGCGGCUCUACGGGCUGGGGCUGGGCCCCGGCGCCGCCGAGCGUGUGGCCUUCGCCGAGCUGCGGCCGGGCGGCAACGCCUCGAGCGGCAACGCCACGUGCCAGGAGCGCUCGCAGGACCUGGUGGUGCGGCCCGGCCCCGCCGAGCCCCGCGACACCUCGGCCCUGCUCCGGGUGCGGGUGCAGCCGCUGCGCAAGGACGAGAGGGCCAAGACCUACGUGCUGUGCUCGCAGCGGCGGCCCGGGCAGCCCUGGCUGCCGCACCAAGGGCCCGACGGGCACGUGGUGGUGUUGGAGGAGAAGAAGUCGCUGCUGCCGUUGUGGUUGCAGGUGAUUCUGAUCGCGGGCUUGCUGGUGCUGUCGGGGAUGUUCAGCGGGCUCAACUUGGGGUUGAUGGCGUUGGAUCCCAUGGAGCUGAGGAUCGUGCAGAACUGUGGGACCGAUAAGGAGAAGCGUUACGCCCGCAGGAUCGAGCCCAUCCGCAGGAAAGGGAAUUACCUGCUCUGCUCGCUGCUGCUGGGCAACGUGCUGGUCAACACCACGCUGACCAUCCUGCUGGACGACCUGAUCGGCUCCGGCAUCGGCGCCGUGGUGGCCUCCACCAUCGGCAUCGUCAUCUUCGGCGAGAUUGUGCCGCAGGCGCUGUGCUCGCGGCACGGGCUGGCCGUGGGCGCCAACACCAUCGUGGUCACCAAGUUCUUCAUGCUGGUGACCUUCCCGCUGUCCUACCCCAUCAGCAAGCUCCUGGACUGCAUCCUGGGCCAGGAGAUCGGCACCGUGUACAACCGGGAGAAGCUGGUGGAGAUGCUGAAGGUGACGGAGCCCUACAACGACCUGGUGAGGGAGGAGCUCAACAUGAUCCAGGGAGCGCUGGAGCUGCGCACCAAGACGGUGGAGGACGUGAUGACCCCGCUGCAGAACUGCUUCAUGAUCAACAGCGACGCCAUCCUGGACUUCAACACCAUGUCGGAGAUCAUGGAGAGCGGCUACACGCGCAUCCCGGUCUACGAGGACGAGAGGUCCAACAUCAUGGACAUCCUCUACGUCAAGGACCUGGCCUUCGUGGACCCCGACGACUGCACGCCCCUCAAGACCAUCACCAAGUUCUACAACCACCCCGUGCACGUGGUCUUCCACGACACCAAGCUGGACGCCAUGCUGGAGGAGUUCAAAAAGGGGAAGUCCCACCUGGCCAUCGUGCAGAAGGUGAACAACGAGGGUGAGGGCGACCCCUUCUACGAGGUGCUGGGGCUGGUGACGCUCGAGGACGUCAUCGAGGAGAUCAUCAAGUCAGAGAUCCUGGACGAGUCUGACACCUACAUUGACAACCGCAGCAGGAAGAGGGUGUGCAACCAGAAGAACCGACGGGACUUCUCGGCCUUCAAGGACCCCGACAACGAGCUGAAGGUCAAGGUGUCACCUCAGCUCCUGCUGGCUGCCCACCGCUUCCUGUCCACCGAGGUGACCCUCUUCACCCCCAACUACAUCUCUGAGAAGAUCCUGCUGCGGCUCCUCAAAUACUCCGACGUCAUCCAGGAGCUGAAGUUCGACGAGGAGAACAAGAAAUCCCCGCGGCACUUCCUGUACUGCAAGAACAAACCAGCCGACUACUUCAUCCUCAUCCUGCAGGGCAAGGUGGAAGUGGAGGCUGGCAAGGAGUGCAUGAAGUUCGAGGCUGGAGCCUUUUCCUACUAUGGGGUGAUGGCCCUGAGCCCUCCUCCUGGAUCUGAGAUCCGCUCCCCGUCCCACAUGAGCGGCCUGAACCGCUCGGCCUCGCUGAGCUACCACGAGCGCUCGGACUCGGGCUCGUCGCCCGUCAGCGGCAGCAACAACCAGCUCAACGCCGGCGGCGCGCAGUACGUGGCCGACUUCAGCGUCCGCGCCCUCACCGACCUCCAGUUCGUCAAGAUCACGCGGCAGGAGUACCAGAACGGGCUGCUGGCCUCGCGCAUGGACAGUUGUCCCCAGUCCCCCGACAGCGCCGCCCCCAAAGCCGACCCGGCCAUCCCGGAGAAGCCGGAGCCGCCGGCGCCGGCCGACGAGACCACGAGUUUGCUCAACGAGAGGAACUGCCUGAACCGCCGGAGCAACCACAGUGGCCUGGAGAACUCCAUCUGACCCCGGCCGCGCCGGCGCGCCCCGGCGUGCCCGGCGUGCCCGGUGCAGGGACCUUUUCCCGGUAGGAUGAGCCGCUGGAGGAGGAGGAGGAGGAUGAGGAGGAGGCGUGGUGGGGAUGGAGGAGCUGGGAUUUGCUGCUGCUGUUCCAGGCCGGCUCGGUUUGGGAUGGACGGAGCGGCGCGGGCACGGCGCCGACGGCUCAGGGAGCUUCGGGUCUCGGUGUGCCGCCGUGGGGACCCUGGGGAUGGACAUCCCAACCCUGCCAGCAGAUCUGGGAUGGACAUCCCAACCCUGCCAGGAAUCCCAGGAUGGACAUCCCACCCCUGCCAGGGUCCAUCCAAACCUUUCAGGAAUCCCGGGAUGGACAGGCCAACCCCUCCAGGACCCUUGGGAUGGACAGCCCAACCCUUCCAGUAACCCUGGGGUGGACAUCUCAUCCUUCAGAGUCCAUCCCAAACCUUCUAGGAACCCCAAACCUUCCAGGGUCCAUCCCAACCCUGCCAUGACCCCAGGAUGGACCCCUCAAUCCUGCCAGGAACCCCAGCCCUUCCAGGAAUCCCAGAAUGGACAUCCCAACCCUGCCAGGACCCUCGGGAUGGACAUCCCAAACCUUUGGGAUCCUUGGGAUGGGAAUUCCAUCACUUUAGGGUCUCCUACCCAUCCUGGGAUGGGAAUUCCAUCCCCUUGGGGCCUCCUCCGUCAUUUUGGGAUAUCCUGGGAUGGGAAUCCUGGCCCCUCUCUGGUGUUUUUGGGGUCUCCUGGAUAAAUCCCAGCCCCUUCCCUGCUGGCCCGGGGAUUUUAGGGUCUGGAUUUUGAGGUCUGGACUUUAAGGUCUGGAUUUUAGGGUCAGGACUUUGGGGUCUGGAUUUUAGGGUCUGACUUUGGCAUCUGGAUUUUGGGGUGACACAGUGCUAGUGACCAAAGUUGUACAGGCAGGAGGGGGCUGAGGGUCCCCCCAAAACCCCCCUGGGGUUUUUUGGGAUCAGAGCUUGACCCCAGAAAACCAAAAAUAAGCACAAAAGUUCCCCCUGGGUGAACUCC